UGCUCGGUGAGGUCACUUCCUGAAGAUCCGAGCCUCCAACAGUUCGGAAGAAAUGGCGGACCGGGGUGAAUUAUUCGGCAGCGAUGGAGACAGCGACAACGACCAAAGAGAGUCCAACUCUGGCUCCGGAUCAGACUCGGAGCAGGAGAGGCCUCGAUCUGCCAGCAACGCCUCAGGCAGUGACAGUGAGAGGGAGCGGGAUGAUGACGAUGAUGAUGAUGAAGGGCAGGAGGCAGGGAAGCCGAGCAUGAACAAGGAGCUGUUCGGUGACGACAGCGAGGACGAGCAGCGCAGUGGCAGCGACAACCAGUCGGAACGCUCUGGGAACCAGUCGGACCCCAGCAUCCACUCUGACCAGGGGGAGAACGAUCACUCGGACGCGGAGCAGCACAGCGGGUCGGAGCACGACCAGCGAGAGGAGGACGAGGACGAUGAAGACGCAGGGAACCGGUCAGACGGAGGGAGCCCGGCGAGCAGCGGGAUGUCCGGUGCCGGGAGCCCUCGUUCUGAGAGGGGCAGUGUUCAUUCGGACAGAAGGUAUGGGAUAGAACCAUCCUCAGCCCCGACGCGGACGGGGAACCAGUCUGAAGAAUGAGGCGAGAGCGACCAGUCUGAGGACGAGGAGGAGAAGCGUCACUACUCCGACGAGGACAGGGAGAACUCUGACGACGACGGGCCAAGGACCAGGAAGCCAGAGUCUGCAAAGGGCAGCGACAGCGAAGAUGACUUCAUCAGACAGAAAACCAAACCCAAAGCCGCAUCAGAUUCAGAUUCUGACAGCGACGGCGACACAAAGAAACCAACAAAAGCGGCUGCGGACGAUCUGUUUGGAGAAGCUGACGACAUUUCUUCAGACAGCGACGCAGAGAAGCCGCCAACCCCGGGGCAGCCUCUGGAUGGAGAGGAUGGCUUGGACGGGGAGCAGGCGGAGGAGGAGCCUGCGCCUGAAACGCGCAUAGAAGUGGAGAUCCCCAAAGUGAGCACAGACCUGGGGUCAGACCUUUAUUUUGUCAAGCUACCCAACUUCCUGUCAGUGGAGCCCAGACCCUUUGACCCUCAAUACUAUGAGGAUGAGUUUGAGGAUGAAGAAAUGCUGGAUGAGGAGGGACGGACCAGACUCAAACUUAAGGUGGAAAACACAAUCAGGUGGAGAGUGAAACGAGAUGAGGAAGGCAACGAAACACGAGAGAGCAACGCACGUAUUGUCAAGUGGUCUGACGGAAGCAUGUCCCUCCAUCUGGGCAACGAGGUGUUUGAUGUGUACAAAGCUCCUCUCCAGGGAGACCACAACCACCUGUUCAUCCGACAGGGAACGGGACUGCAGGGACAGGCUGUGUUCAAGACCAAACUCACCUUCAGACCCCACUCCACAGACAGCGCCACCCACAGGAAGAUGACGCUGUCUCUGGCCGACCGCUGCUCAAAGACGCAGAAGAUCAGAAUCCUCCCCAUGGCUGGAAGGGAUCCCGAGUCACAGCGCAACGAAAUGAUCAAAAAAGAAGAGGAGCGUCUGCGGGCGUCGAUCCGUAGAGAGUCCCAGCAGAGGAGGAUGAGGGAGAAGCAGCACCAGAGGGGCCUGAGCAGCAGCUACCUGGAGCCCGACCGCUACGACGACGAGGAGGAGGGCGAGGAGGCCAUCAGCCUGGCGGCCAUCAAGAGCAAAUACAAGGGAGGAGGAGGCCUGAGAGAGGAGAGAGCGAGAAUCUACUCGUCGGACAGCGACGAAGGCUCUGAUGACGACAAAGCCCAAAGGCUGAUGAAGGCCAAGAAGCUGGACAGCGACGAGGAGGGCGAGGGAUCAGGCAAGAGGAAGGCAGAAGACGAUGAAGAAACGACCACUAAAAAGGCCAAGAAGUAUGUCAUCAGUGAUGAAGAGGAGGAGGAAGAGGACGAUGAAUAGCUUUUUUUUAAAUAUUAUUUUUUUUUUUUUUUACCUUUUCCACUGUAUCAUCAGUGGUCGGUCCACCUGGUGUAUAAAUAGCCAUGUUUUGUAUAUUUUCUUAUGAUCUGUGUGUGGGUGUGUUAGUUUGUUUAUUUUCUGUACAGCAGUGAGGUGAGAAAUAAACAGUCGUCUUAUGCAA